GACACAAAACAAGAGCAUAGUGCAGACGUUGGAGUUUGUGUGUUCAGGGAAUUCUCGACUAGCUCUGACAAGGAGAACAGGUCAUGGCUCGCAUUUGGCCAGUUUUGUUGGUGGUAUUGCAGUAUUUCAGUGUGCCGGUGGAUGUAUGCCAAAUUCCAGAGGAAAAUACACGCUUGACUCAGUCUUUGAAUCUAAAACUGUUGAGGUCUACACUUGAUGUUUCUGCUGAGCCCAACCCUAGUGUCUAUGUUGGACUUCGUCUCUCUGAUGAUCAUAGCCUGGUGAGAGAGGAAGAGUAUCUUGAAAGGCUGAAGGUGUCUCUUAAGACCAUUACAAGCACAAAAGGACAAGACCAAGAAAAGUUAAGUACAGGAAUUCUAGCACUUCAUUUAUUGGCAAUGAAGUCUUCAUGUGAGGACAUGAAUACUCCAGAAAGAAAGAAGCUCAUCACGCAACUUAAACGCAAACUUCACGAUGAGAAGACACAUCUAGGUAUAUGUUCUUUGACUUUACAGUGAAUU